CGUAAGGCACCCGUACAAUUGCUUUUAGCCUCCGCUAGUGACGUCGCUUUGAUGUCAAAUGUCUGACGCUUGCAUAUGAGUUGUCAAACCCCGCGGGAGGUUCUGAGGACACGACACACCUUCAACAGCUUUCUCACAAACACAAUCGAAGCCAACAAAUUUUACCCUCAACACCUACUCCAAAUAACAGAAUGUCUGCCAACGCCGAUUCUGUGAAGGCCGGUGAGCCCACAAACUCAAAGAUUGCUCCCAGCGAGCCUAUUGGAAACAGCGGUCACCAGGUAACCAGCGCCGACACCGAAGAAGCCCCAGAGUUCCACGUCCAGAUCCUUAAGGCUGGUACCGCUCCUCCAGCGAAGACACACCAGAUCGACCCCAAUGCCACCAACCAGGAUCAGUACGACAACGCAGGAGAGACAAUUACCGGUUCAACAUCCAAGGACGUGCACAAGAGCGGUGGUGAUGCGGGCGGCCAAAAGAGCACAGGUGGAUCGAUGGGCGUAGAUGAGGAUGCAAAGGAUGCUAAGGAGCCGGCCACCAGGGCUGCGGAUAUCAAGAGUGCGACAGAGCAGCAGCCUGUUAGCGCCGAUCAGUUGUAGAUGUGGAGCAAUGUAUGUGCGUAGGAUGACAGGUGGGAUCUUUUGGUAGAUCCGCGAUCGCCAAAAAUUGAAAGACCU